AUGUGGCUGCUAUACAUUAAACUGGAAUUUUACUCCGUACGUUUACAAUUUUAAACGGGAGCCCAACUCAUUGUUUUCAGAGGAGGCCAUUCUUGCAACAUCACCAGCAUAUCUGUGCAGCCAUUGCAGCCCGGUGGUCUUGUAGAGUCUGGGUCUUUGGGUGAAAUUGAGACGAGCGGCGAAGUUGCAGAAAAUUAUUUUAAAUCAGAUGAUUCACCUGCCCGUGAUUUUAUAGCCAGCAAUGGAGCAGGUUCGAGACCUAUUGUGCCUCCCGCUCUGGUUCUCACGACAGCUGCCGACGCUGCAGUCCUUUGGGAUUUGUCCACAGGACAGCGCAAGCGCCGCUUGACGAUAAAUGCAAAUGUAGACGUUAUAGAUGUGAGUUAUAGGAAAAUAUAA